AUGCCUGAUGAUUUGAUGUCUAAUGUGUUUUAUAAGUCAACUAUUGAUAAUCCCUCAAAUCUUUUUGCAUUAUGUGAAUUAUGGGACUUUGCAGGACAAAAAGAAUUUUAUGCUACACAUCAAGCAUUUUUAACAAGUUGUGCAGUAUACAUUGUAGUUGCAGAUAUGAAGGACGACAUAAGUAAACAAAGUUUAAGUCAGUGUUUUGACGAUUUUAAGAACAUUGGAGAGUAUGUUGAUUUUUGGUUUGAUUCUAUACAUUGCCAUCGAACAACCAACGAAAAAACUAUUGACGGACACAUCGAUCCUCCGAUUUUAUUAGUGUUCACUGGAAAGGAUAAAUAUAAAAAGGCAGAUUUGAAGAAAAGAGAAAGUGAACUUAAUGCUCAAAUGAACUCUAUUUAUGGAUUAAAAAGCAAAUAUUUUCACUUGCAUAGCACAUUUUAUCUGUCAAAUACUGAAGACAGUGACGAUGAAUUUGAGAAAUUACAACACGCAAUUUACGAGACAGCACGGAAAAUGGAUAAUUGGGGUAAAGCUUUUCCGUUAAAAUGGAUUCUUUUAGAGCAUUUGAUUGAAAUUAAUAAGAACAAUGGAAAACAUUUCAUCAAUUUUACUGACAUGUUCGAACUGGCUAAACAUCCUGAUAUCAAUAUUCUAGAAAAGGAGGAUUUGUUGUUGUUUCUUCGAUUUCAGCAUACUGUAGGGAACAUUAUUUUCUUUGAAGAUAUACAGGACUUGAUUAUAUUAAGACCUCAGUGGUUAGCUGAUGCUUAUCGAUGUUUAGUUUCAGAUAGAAUUGGUAACACAAGAGUGUACAACCUGAGGGACUGGACACUGUUUAAACAACAAGGCAAAAUAAGUGAAUCGUUAAUAACAGAACUCUUCGAAUUAAAAGGAGGACGUCAGUUUUCAGGACAGAAUAUCAAUUUACAUAAAGUUAUGGAAAAGCUAGAUAUAUUGGUCAAAAUUGAGAACUCAAGCUACUCUAUAAUGCCAAGCCAAAUGCCGUCUACCACGUUUGACGGUCUAUGUGAAAAAUUUGGCAUUAUUGACGGAAAAUGUAAAAGGACCUCCUGGCUGUGCUUUAAAUUUGAAUUUCUCCCACCGUCUUUCUUUAAUCAUCUUUCUGCAAUGUUUAUCAGAAACUACAAUCCUAGCAAAGUAGAUGAUAGUGUUGCUUUAUACCGUGGAAUCUGUAUGUUUGACAUUGAUAAAUCUGGAGGUACAAAGAUUAUGGUUACCAUGUCGACUGACACCAUUGCUCUUCAGGUUUUGUCAUUUUCCAAAGAACAGGAGGGGAUCGGAAGUAUGUGUAGCAAUAUAUACAGAGAAGUAAAACAACUUAUUGAAGAUAUAAAAGAGAGAUAUAAAGUGAAAUAUAUAUCUUUGAAACUCCAUUUUAAAUGCAGUGACGGCUAUUAUUUUAAAGACACCUUUGAAUAUGAGAAUUUGAUAGAUGAGAAGGAGUGUUUCUGUAUUCAGCAUAAGCAAAUGCAUCAAUCGGAACAGCUGUAUUCUCCUUGGAUGAAAAAUGAGCUUAAAGAGAUUUCCGACAAAGCGAAAAUCAACACUACACAAGAUGACCAAAAUCCAGAAAAUGAACCAAACAAAGAAGAAGCUCAGGAUCAAGCAUCUGUCAAAACCAACCUUCCUGUUUCUGUCAAUUUGCGCCAACAGAUAAAUAUCAAGACGCAUGAUAAUGAAAAUCUGUACAUUUCUAGCUGUAUCAAAAUAGACAAUACAUUAGUGUUUACCGACUGUGAUAAUAAGCGACUUAUUAUUUGUAAUGUAGACGGUACUGAUAAACAUCACAUGUCUCUGUCCUAUGAACCAUGGGAUAUAACAGAGAUAGAUAGUAAUACUGUAGCAGUCUCCUGUGGUGUCAACAAAACCAUACUGAUAAUAAAUAUAUCUACACGUUCUGUCACCAGUACAAUCAACACCAGUGGUUACUGCUGGGGAAUAUCAUAUAAUGAUAAUAACCUGUACGUUGUUGGUGAGAGUAUAAUACAUGUGAUGGACCUGGCAGGUAAAGUAAUACGUACUAUACCGGUACCUUCAGACGAUAUCACCGACAUUACAGUAGACAGAGACAGGUUGGUCUGUAUAGACGAUACAUCAAUAUACUGCUGCUCGUUAGAAGGAAAAGUAAUGUGGAAGUUUAAAAAGGAUGAAAUUCAAUGUUUACGUCGUGUAACAACAGAUGAUGAGGAGAAUGUUUAUGUGACUGAUUAUAGGAAAGACAUUGUAUUAGUUGUAUCUGAUGAUGGUAAACAUCAUAGAGAACUUCUUACUCAAUCAGAUGGAUUGUAUAAUCCGCGGGGAAUUUAUUUUGACAAAAAAGAAAAUAUUCUGCUUGUUUGUAAUGAUUGUGAUGCUUUUCUUUUUGACGUCAAAAAGCAAUAG